AUGUCCUCCUCUACAUUAUCUCCCCUUUAUCGUCCUGGUAUAUUUCCUGCUUUAUCCUCACGUAUUCUCGCGAGUGCCUCACAAUCACUUCGUCUAGCAAUCCAAUCACAACAGCUAAUUAAAAGCUUUUAUGCCACACCGUUACGAAUCACCAGUUCACCUAUUGCCACUAGUAAAAAAUUUAAUUAUCUAAUUGCCGUAUCAUGGCAUCCAAAACGAAAACGACAGACACCCAUGAGCCCGAUAUCAGGUCAUCCUUGGUGGAAAGAGAGAAAGAGAGUGGGAAAGGUUGACGCUGGCGAGGAUGCAUUUUUCUAUGUAAGCACAUCGAGUGGUGUUGCUAUGGGAGUGGCCGACGGAGUCGGUGGUUGGUCUCAAAUGGGUGUUGAUGCAGCGAAUUUUUCUUGGGCGCUGAUGGACAAUGCUGCAACUGUUGCAAAAAAUUAUGAGACUACAGAAUUUGAUUUUUUCAAUUCACCGGACGGCUAUUAUGAUAAAGUGUUAGAUGCUAAACAGAUAUUGAGUACGGCGUUUGAUAAUCUAAUAAAGAGUGGAAAAGUGAAGGCUGGAAGUUCCACAGCUUGUAUACUUUCACUUUCCCGAAAUUCAGGAAUACUAAAAGCAGCCUGUCUAGGCGACUCGGCAUAUCUACUAAUCAGAAAUGGUCGUCUAUUAUAUGAAUCACCUUCACAACAACAUUUCUUUAACUGUCCUUAUCAGCUGGCCGUAAUUCCGGAUCAUUAUCCAAAUCAAAAAUUAUAUUUUAGAGACAAACCAAGUGAUGCAUACCAAGCAACUCAUCAACUUCAGGACGGCGAUGUUAUUGUGUUAGCGACAGACGGAUUCUUUGAUAAUGUGUUCCCUGAGGAGGCUGUCUCGCUUGUCUACCUUGAACUGGAAGAUAUCUUGAAUGGUGAUCGAGUCUAUUGGAAUAAUCAUAACGAGGAACUAAAUAGUCGACUAAGAAAAUUGGCGAGAAAAUUGACGGAUACCGCGAGAAAGUAUUCGUUGAAUCCUAAACGUCUUAGCCCUUUCUCGCAGAGCGCUAAGCGUACUGGUGAGAGUCGGUUAGGAGGUAAAAUUGAUGACAUUACAGUCCUAGUUACAUUAGUUCGAGCAAAUACUUAG